AUAAGAAAAAAAAAAAAACUUUGAGAAAAACACAAACAGACAAGAACUAAAACCAGAACCCCCCCCCCAAAAAAAAAAAUAAAAAAAAAUAAAAACAUAACCAAAAACAGCAUAUAAACCAUACAACCCAAACUUAGACAAGUCACCCCUAAGAAAGAUGGCUUCUAACGUAUUCUCUGACUCCCAACAGCACUGAAGGCGGCCCUGUUGAUCCAGCGCUGGUACAGGCGAUACUGCGCUCGCUUGGAAAUUCGGCGUCGAUAUACCUGGACGAUCUUCCAGACGAUCGAAUAUGCAGGUGAACAGGAUCAGAUGAAGCUGUACAACUUCUUCAACGCUCUCUUAACUCACAUGGGCACAGGGUCUAUCAACGAGAUUAUGGAAGCACUGUCACCCAGAGCCUCACCCACAGGAGACGAGCAGGAGGCGGACGUGAGCACCAAGACCCUGCUGGGGGAGGCGUGGCUGGAGGAGGUGCCCGUCGAGAGCAGCUACAAGGGGCCUCGUCUCUCCUUGCCCCUUACGACGGACUCCAUACAUGAGAUCAUCGACGCCUUUAAGAAGAAGAGGCCUCUCCACGCCCGCUACGUCUACAUGAUCCUUCGGGAGGGCGUUCGGGUCCUGCGGCAAAGGACGACCAUCACGCACGCCACGACCGCUAUAUCAGGUCAGAUCACGGUCGUCGGGGAUCUGCAUGGCAAGCUGGACGACCUCCUGACCAUUCUUUACAAGAACGGCCUCCCCUCGACAGACAAUCCGUACGUGUUCAACGGGGACUUCGUGGACCGCGGCCGCAAGUCCAUCGAGGUCAUCCUCCUGCUGCUCGCCCUCGUCAUCGUGUUCCCGGCGGAGGUCUACCUGAACAGAGGCAACCACGAGGACCUCGUCAUGAACGCCAGGUACGGUUUUUGCAAAGAGAUCAGCCGGAAAUACAAGGCCCCCCACGGCCCGAGGAUCCUGCGCCUUCUGGAGGAGGUAUAUCGCUGGCUGCCCCUCGCCACCAUCAUCGACAACAAGGUGCUGGUGGUGCAUGGUGGGAUCUCCCUCGACACCGAUCUCAAGUGGAUGGCGACGGCGGAUAGGAGCAAGUACAGGAGCGUCUUAAGAACUCCUGCGGCGAGGCUGGAGGAGGGCGAAGGAGAGGGCGAAGACGGCGACGAAGGGUCUGAAGCCUGUAAGGAGGUCAGACUCUUCACGGCGACCUACGAGUGGAAGCAGGUGCUGGACCUUCUGUGGAGCGACCCCCAGCCACACUUGGGAUGUCGGCCCAACUCCUUCAGAGGCGGAGGAAGUUACUUCGGUCCUGACAUCACCAGGGACCUGCUCAUGAAGAACGGCCUCUCGCUCCUUAUCCGAUCCCAUGAGUGCAAACCAGAAGGAUACGAAUUCACGCACAACAAUACGUGUCUGACCAUCUUCUCGGCUUCCAACUACUACGAGGCCGGGUCCAACAGAGGGGCCUAUGUCAAGCUACAGGGUCCUCGCCUGGAGCCCCACUUCGUCCAGUACACGGCAGAUAUGAAGUCUCGAAAACUGACCAUAAGAGAGCGCGUAGGAAGGAUGGAGACCUCUGCCUUCAGGGAACUGCGAAGUCAAAUCAACGCUUCGAAGUCUAGACUCCUACAGGCAUUCCAGCAGAAGGAUAAAGACAACAAAGGGUACAUCACCGUGAGCGACUGGGUGGAAGUGAUGGAAAGAGAGAGUCAUCUCAACCUGCCGUGGCGAGUGCUGAGGGAGAAAAUAGUGACAUUGCAUCCCAUCACAGAUAUGGUCGAUUAUAAGAGUACCUUCAGUGAGGAAACUUUCAAGAAGAAUUUGGCCGUGAAGGGCGGUCCUACGGUGGUCGAAGCUCUGUAUAGACACAAGAGUAGUAUGGAGACGAUCUUCAGGUUAAUUGAUAAGGAUAAUUCAGGCUACAUCAGCAUGGACGAAUUCAGCGAGACGUGCGAGCUGCUGAGUCGCCACAUCGACGUCCCCAUCCCCAAGGAGGACAUCGCCGACCUGGCCCGCUCGAUCGACAUCAACAAGGACGGAUACAUCGACUUCAACGAAUUCCUCGAGUGUUUCCGCAUCGUCGAGUCGGGUCGACUGACGAUCGACGAGGAGGACGAGGACGACGAGAGGGAUGAAAACGGCCCCCUCAUCGUCGACGAGAAGGUCUAGAAGUGUGGCGUGGCGGGGCGCUGGGUCGUCUGCUGCUGUCGUUUGGGACUUUUGCUUUCGGGUUGUCUCUGUUCAUCCGUUUAUUCAUCUCCUGUGUGUGUAUUUGUUCUUUCGUUAUUCCAUUUUCAUUUUGUCUUUCCGUUGAUAUCACCCUCGUCAUCAUUACCAUCUUUCAAUUUUUUUUAAAGGCCUGAAUUUAAUUUUGGUUUGAAUCCAUUGCCUUUCGAAUGAAAAUCGUCACAAUUCUUUAAUUUGAAAUAACCCGAAUAUUAACAGCAUCAGAAAAAGAAAGAAAGAAAAGAAGAAGAA